AUCGGACUACAUUUCCCGUCAUUACACGCAGCCCAGGCCCCGCCUCUCCUGGGCAAAUUUAAUCUGAGUGGACGGUGGCCGGAGAGGGACAAUCGUUUCCAUGUCACCGGGCAAACGCUCAGGUCCUGGCAAGCAGGGAGUAUGUAGUAAUGAGUGUGCCGAGUGUCGGGAAGCGAGGCGGCAGCCAGGAUCGGCAACGGAGGAGCCAUGUGGCCCCGGGGCCUAGUGGCUGGACCAAACUUUGAAUCUUUCCAACGUCGUUUUUUCACGCCGGCGGAGGUAGCCGAACAUAACCAGUGCGAAGACCUUUGGGUAUCUUACCUGGGUUACGUGUACAACCUAACGCCGCUGGCAGAGCUGUACAAGGGGAACCUGCUGCUGAAGCCCAUCGUGGAAGUUGCAGGCCAGGACAUCAGCCACUGGUUUGAUCCAAAGACCAAAGACAUCCGAAAGCACAUAGAUCCGAUGACGGGUUGCCUCAAGUAUCGCACCCCACGGGGCCGCUUCGUGCACGUCCCGCCGCAGCUGCCCCGUUCCGACUGGGCCAAUGAUUUCGGGAAACCCUGGUGGAAGAGGAUUGAUUACCGGGUGGGACAGCUGUCCCCUAAGACCCGAAACAUCCGCAUCAUUAACACGCUCACGUCCCAGGAGCACACACUGGAGGUGGGAGCUCUGGAGUCAAUGUGGGAAAUACUACACCGCUAUCUCCCCUACAAUGCACAUGCUGCCAGCUAUACGUGGAAAUAUGAAGGAAAGCCCCUGAUCAUGGAGCAGACCCUGGAGGAGAAUGGGAUCCAGGAUGAGGAGGAAGAAUUUGAUCUCCUUAAUAUGGAUGGUACACUCCAUACACCUGCGAUACUGCUCUACUUCAAUGACGAUCUCACACAGCUAUAGGAAAGCAGAUGUAUGCUCAUGUAGACUCAAGAUGUAUUUUGAGUUUGCGUUUUUUUAUGCCUGGGAGGAAAAUAAGUGGGGGUGGGGGGGUAUGGUGCCUGGACCUAGACCUCCAUUCUCCUCUGGGAACUGGCCUUUGGUUCCCCAUAUCCUUCUGAAGUGUUAAGGAUUGUACUUUCUAGCUCCUUUAUGAUUCACUCUGUGAAAAUUAGGGAGAACCUAGAAGUGAAGUAGUUCAUAUUUAGGAAUGAUAUGAGAAGACAGCAUCUUGGAUUGGGGCUAUGUAGAGGAGGAGUUAGAAGGAGUUCAGGCAAAAUAUUUUUGAUGGAAAAACAGAGCUACACAAGGAUGGGGACUAGAAGAACAUCUUUGGCAAUGUAGGAAAUGGGAUGGCUGUAGGAGUGUGGGAUUUCAAAAGACAGAAGUAGGAAACGAUUGUUAUUGGCCAUACAAAAUGGUUAUCUUCCUUUUAG